CGUCCCAACUGCCAGGGAAGUGCAUAAAUGGUCCAAGAAGUCAGCAAAGACUACUACACCCAAGAAAGCUAAGCCAGCCACACCAGCAAAAUCGUCUGCAGCAACUAAACCAACAAAGCCCUCCAAAUCGUCUGAAGUGCCGCUCACGGCUAAACAAAAAAAAAAGUGGGAUUGGUAUUACUAUUUCUCUGACGCCUUGUUCUCCUUCUGUAUUGCCGACCUUGGCUGUUUUCCGCAUUUCCAACUUUUCGUGUUUCGGAUCCUCCGAGCGCGCAUAUUCUUCACAGGGUCCGAAUUCGCAAUUCUUGUGUGGGAAGCCGUUACCAGUUAGUCCGCUGAGAGAACAUCACUUAAUGCCUAUAUGAAGAUAGCCAUCGGUGAGGUUCCAGCAUCGUUGAGACCGACGAUGUCGGAGGAGAAAUUAUUAGCCGCCGGAUAUACGCUGUUGCCGUACACACUCGGCAAAGCAUCAGUGAAAGGCCUCCAGAGCACCUUUACACAUGGUAUUCAACGCUACUUCUCAGAUUGUCGCAUCAAGGCCUCAGUUCUGGGGGCAGAAUACGUGCGCCUUCCCCACAAUAUAAUGCAUGUGGCUUACCAAGGGCUCGAGGGGAGGACAGCAGAAUGGAAUCAGGUGAUGGAAAGCGCCCAUCGUCAAAUUACAAGCAGUGCGUCGAUGGAUGCUCGUUACUCAUCCAACCCUAAAGAUAGGCAGAGAAGCGGUCUCCAGACGGCGUAUAGGUACCCGCGAUGUAGGCCAGAUGUUAAUGGCCUCCUGUUUCGGCCUCGCGAGGCGAACCACAAGAUGCGAGCUCGGCGUGGCGGAUGUCGAUUGUUGAGUCGGAGCUUGCAGGGUGUCUGCUACACAUCGUUCGUCAAACCGACACCAGCCAGUGUCGUGCUGGAGAGCUUGCCCUGGCAUCGAGGGGGAAACCGCAUGUUUCGGAAUGGGACGUCUUUGGUUCUCAGCUGGGGGAAUCCGCCAGUCUCGUGGUCGUCUUUUAUACGACAUAGCGUCACUAUACCCACGCGUGAAGCCGAAUACGGCGCGUGCAGAGAAGUAGAGUGACGAUUCUUGUGCCGGAAAAUAUGUGCCUUGGAAAUGUCGAAUUUCCACACUUCAACGGUGGUCGGUGUCGAGCACGGCAGACCAUCUGCACCACCUCAGCCGGAGGAAGCAAUCGGAUUCUGUUUGCUUCAUAACCUAUUUUGUUCUGUCCGUUGCUCUUUGUUUUAUUUGCCUUUUCCUUUGAACGUUGUUUCGACUUUCGCUCUUUGAUGUCGUGGCAGCUGCG